AUGUUCCCGAGCUACAUCACCUCGACAGUCUUCCUCACUUCAACAAGCCCCAUCAAUUCGUCGACCUCCAUCCCGUCGACGACUCUCGUCCCUUCAACAACACUCCUGCCGUCUUCCAAUCCCACCCCCGACCCUGGUCCAAACGCUCACGUCGUAGAUCUCACUGCCGCCGACACAUACUGGCCGUCCGAGUCUCACAGCAUCAGCUACAAUGUCUCCUCCGUCUACUUCCAGUCAAACGAUGGACCAUUCAAUAUCAGCAUAUCGUGGAACUUUUACAACCGCGUUACUCCAGGCUCUUACAAAGGCGCCAAUGACUUCAAGUUGGACGUGAGCUCAAUUGGAUGGUACUUCGACCCGAUUCUAUGGAACGUAACGCUGGAUGUCGCGAAGGGUUCAACGGCAGGUACAAGCACUCCUCGACCCACUCUCACCGAAAGCGAUGAAAUUCUUUGCACCUUGUGCAACGUGAAGCUCGUGUCCAUGCUCGACCACGGCCGAAACUGGUCGCCCGCAUUGGAGUUGGUCGACGAUGUCCACAUAUAG